AUGGCAUUUCGCAUGCUGCUCGGGGUGGCCGUGGCCACAGCUCUACGUGAGGAUAAAGUCUCGCAGUCGUUGGAGGCCGACACAGACGUGUCGCAGUUCAUGGAAUAUCAGCUGGAGUUGGACGAACUGGAGAAGCUCUCUGACACGCCGCUGUUUUACACCGAGAAAGGAGGCAUAUUCGCCACUGCAGCUCAGCUGCUCGCGCAGGAUUCCAGCAGUGUUCUGAGUCGUUUGGAGGCUGGCCUCAAAGCAGGCUCCAACAUUGUUGUUGUGGGCGCUGGCGGCGCGGGCAAGACCGAGACCAUCCUCCUGGCCAUGGAAAACACCCGCAAAUCGAAGGCCAGCUUCGACCUUCGUGGCUGGUACUUGAAGAAGAGGCAGAUAGACAAGAAGGCUUACACCACAGCCGUCAAGGCGGAUCAGUUGGCACUCCUGAAGUCCAGCGAGUCGGAAGUCAAGGCUGAGAUUGCGGGCAAAUCAGCUGACGUGCUGUUUUUUGAUGAGGUAGAUCUAAGUGAAAAUGUUAUGAACGGCGAUGAGCUGGAAGCGAUGAAGACCUUGCUGCUUUGGGGCAACGAAGUGGCACCGAAGAAGACGAAGAUCAUAGUGCUGCAUCCUUUGGCAUCGGUGCAGCCUGAGGUGCAAGAGCUGCUGAUCCCUCUUGGUUUCCCUGGCCGGGGAUCAUCGGCUUGGAUUGACUUCAGUCAGCCCUACAGCCCUGCAGUUGAGGAAGCCAUGGUCCGUGGCAUUCUCUCAGCCUGCGAACCUGCUCCCACCGAUGCACAGGUCAAGGAGGUGCAGCAAUACUUCCUGGGCCUGCCUAGUGCCUACAUGCCCUUUCUGGUCAACAAGGACCAUGUUCUGGAUGGCCUUCCAGCCUCUGCUGCUGAUGCGAUUGAGAACGUUUUGAAGCCCACAGCGCUCUCCAAGAUCGGCGGCCGGCUCAUCAAGAUCAACAUCGGCUUUUCCGCCACACACGAGGCGCGCGAAGUCGUCGCAAAGCUGCGGCACAACAGCGAAGAGAAAGUCUCAAGCGCUGACGCAGCGGGAGCAGUGGCCAGCAUGGUUGUGGAGCAGCGGGGGGCCCACUUCGUCAUUCCUCCCGUAAUGCUGGAUGCGUUGAAUGCCUUCUGCACUGACAUGGAUGACAAGAGCAAGAAGAUCGUGGCUGCCGCAGCGGCUGCCGCGGACGAGGGGAGCUUCAGCUCAUCGUGUUCUGGUGUGCUCACAAAGCUCAAGCGCGGAGUUGCUGAGGUCAAAAAAACGCCAUCCCUUCUGGACGAGGUUCCAAGUGAUGUCGAUGCCUGGCCCUUCCUGCUCCGCGUCUCUUCCGAGAAAGCAGCCUUUGCAAAACAGAUCUGGGAGACUGCGGCCACGCUGCUGUGGAGCCCUGCGUGGGCGACCAGUUUCCAGCAGCAGGAAGAGAAGUCGCGGUUGGGGAUUCACAAGGCUGGUGCCCGGGAUGCCGCCAUGGUCGCAGAGCUGGCCGCACGGAUCGUGGGCCAGGGAACUGAGCUGGGCGACCUCAUCCCGCUGGAGGCCAUCCCAGGCAUGGAGCGAGCAACAUGCGUGGCGCUGCUGGGAGUUCUGAAGGAACCCAGCGUGCCUGCAGAUGUAGCAGAGGUUGGCCGGGCAGGCAGAGUCCACGGAAGAAGGGGAGGCCAAGCGCAAAGUGGUGGCUCCUGA